AUGACCCGUGGACAGACAUUAGGCGCUAUUUUGAUAAUCUCGGCGAUAGCUAUCAUUGCAUCUGCGCUUGCUACCAUUUUUUUGACUCCUUACUUGAUAAACAUAAGAGCAGGUCCAGUUAUUUUUGACCCAACAUGGUCGGCAGUCUUGGCUGUUGUUCUAGCUGCAGUUCUUUUCAAAGUUAAGGAUUCGGACUCCCCUACUCAGACCGAGGCCUCGGCUUUACUUUCCCUUGGUAUUGUUGGAGUUGUUUUAUCUCCUGCUAAUAUUACCAGGCUAUUUUGUAUUUUAUUUGGCGGAGGAUACAAUCAACCUCGAUGGUAUUUGCCGAUGACAUUCGAAAUAGCUGGUACUGCUGUUUUUGGCAUUGUUUCCCUUAUAGUUGCGAUCCAACAGGGUAAAAGAAUACAAAAUAGAGGAAGUAUCUCGCAGUCUUAUGCAGUCUCUGGUAUCAACAGAUUCACACUCUCCAUUAUCAUGGUUAUUCUUGGUAUUAUCGUAUUUGGCCUUGCUGUUGCUAUAUUACAGGAACGAUGGUAUAGGUUUUCAGUUAUUUCUAUUCAUUUCCACGGAGUUAUGCUAUUUGCUACUGGAGUAAUUGGUUUGAUUGCUCAUGAUAAAGACAUUGCUGAAUUGAAUGUUUGGCAUAAAACUAUGGCUAUCUUCUCAUCAUGUGUUAGUGGAGCUGCUAUGAUAGUUCUUGUUCAGACAAUGGUCCACUAUACUAAUAGCUUUAAAUUUUCGAUGUGGGAGAGAGCUGAUUUUACUGUUUUGGCCUUAACUCAGUCUGUUAUGACCAUUAUUGGAGCUGUAACUACUGUCAUAGCUAGUCAUUCAUCACAAUAUCCAAAUGAUGUAGUAGUUACCCCAACCAAAAUUAAUUCAGAAAAUACAUCUCGAAAUAUCAAUAAUAUUGGUCUUAUGGCUUCAGGUCUUCUCGCUGGUGGAAUUGCUAUUUUCAUGAUGGCAGCGAUGGGUUUUGCCAGCUAUGGCUACAUUUCGUUAAUCGUAGGAUGCAUGGCUUAUACAGCUUCAAGAAUUGGCAUUGCCUCGAAUUAUUCUGCUACUGACUCAUUGAAUUUGGCUUAUUUUGCUACCAAUUUGUUCAUUUUCUUGCAAGCUAUUUGUGCUGUGGCUUUAAUCGUCUUUAUGUUCAUCAUCAGACCUUUCAGUUCCUCACCAAUCAUCGGUGUCUCUAUUAUAUUUGACUAUGUCUUUAUGGGCAUUAGCAUCGUAAGUAUGAUUCCGCCCUUUAUUUUUGCCGCUAGAGCAGCUUUUAGUAGGAGUCUAAGCACACAAGAAAGAUUAAUCAGUGAUGAUGGCAUGGAAGCUUAA